AUGGAUUCCAACUUAUCUCAAAGUUUCUCUUUUUUAUGUGGUGAGCUUUGUAAUCUGCUUUAUGUAAAAGACUACAACAAAUCUAAAAUUAAUUCAUUAAUAGACGAACUCAAUGCAAAACCGUAUAAAGGCGAAUUAUUUGUCUCUAAACAUGAUGCUUCCACUUUAAUAAUAGCCUUGUGUAUAAAUGUGAAACCAACCGAUGAGUCACUUGCAGCAAAAGCAUCACAUUUGAUUAAUAGUAUUUUGUCAAAACAAAAUUUACAAUUUGAUUUAGACUUUUUAUGUAAUGUAGUGUCUUGGCACAUACUUUGUUUGAAGAAAUGUUCAGAUAUAAUUGUACCUGAUAUACUUCAUAAUAUGCAAUGUAUCUUACAAGUAAAUCCCCAAUUAGGCAUAAAGUUUUCAGAAGAAUUGGUUGGUCCAAAUGGAAUUUUAUUAAAUUUUGUCAAUGUGGAUAAAAGUAACAUGUUGAAUAUUCAAAAUCCGCUUCAGAUAUGUUUAAUUGCAUUGAAGUCAAUAAUAAGCUGUCUAAAUGCUGAAGAUAAUAAUAUUGGAACUUUGUCAAUUGAUCUAAAAGAAAGGAUAUCACAGGUGGUGGUGAAAUUGUUAUUAAAAGGUUCAGUUAAGUCACAAGAUGAAUUUUUAUAUUGUAAGGUUGUAAUUGCAGCAUUAAGGGUACUAUCUCAACUACAUUUCAAUGAUCCAAAAGUAUCUGUACCAUUGCCUGAAGUAAUGGGUAUCUGCCGUUACUUCAUUUUGUAUGGUCUUCUGAACCAAGGUAAUAAACCUGAAAAGAUAAUGCCAUCACAACAAACUAUUGCAGCUCCUGUUAUAAAAACAUAUCCUAAAGGAGGUAAGAAGCAAAAAUUAAGAAAACAAAGAAACAAUGCCAUAGAGAGUUUGAAGAAAGAGAUACCAGUAUCAGACCUUAGUUUGAUGAGGGAUGUUGAUAAUUUUGAGAACAACUCAGCUUACAAACCGGCCAGCAAAAAUUAUCUUGAACCACAAAAAGCUAAAAAUUGUUGGGCCCUUACCAGUGAUUCUGACAUGUCAGAUGUGGAGAGCAAUAGAGAAGCUAAGCUUAUCGCUUUGAAGUCAAGAGUGAGACAAAGUUCAUCAAAUUUACUUCUGGUUUUAAUCAAGGUUACCGAAAAGAAAGAUAUAUUUGGGUAUUGGUGGGCUCUGCUGCCUGAUUCACUUGAUAAAGACACUCGAUUCAUUGAUGAUGGUGUUAAGAAAACGUUAGCAUACUGUGCGAUCACAGAUCCCAUAGCAAGUAGCAGGGCUAGUGUAUUGAGUGUCAUUCUAGCCCUACUUUCAGGCUCUAGAAUUUAUUUAUCACAAGCUGAAAGCAGCAAAAAGGAUGUGAGUUCUUUUAUACCAUUCUCAGUGAACCUAGGGUAUGUGAUAAAAUGUCUGCAUAAAGUCCUCGUCAGUAUACUGGAUAGCGAGCGAAGUCAUGCCGUCAUUAUAGUUGCUCUAAAAUGCUGCGCGGCACUAGUACAGUCAACUCCUUAUCAUAAAAUGCAAGAGGGUCUUAUAAGUGAAUUGGUUAAGUCUACCAGAAAGUUCCUGGUCCAUAGAGAUGUCACAUUACAAGUUGGUAGUUUAAUCACAAUGGGUUGUGUUUUAUCUGUAGACCCUAAAGUUGAGGAAGUCCUAAAAGCUAUAGAAAAGGAUGUUGUUUCCUCGAAAGUACUCAGUCCACCUAACAGCUCUAGAAUAGCAGAUGAAGAAUGUGAUGAUUUUGAAGAAGGAUAUUCUGAUGAUGAAUUGUUUGUCGUCAGAGAUGUUAAAGUAGAAUGUGACAAAGACAGUAUUAGUAACUCUAAUUUCAAGUCCUGGAUAUUGGAUAUUUGCUUCAAGAAUAUGGGGUGGAUUUUUAAAGAAAAUGAAGUUGUGAGAUGCAAAUCAUCAGCUAUUCCUGUGAUACUCGAGUCACUUCAAGUGCUAUCAGCAAUUGCAUUCCAUCACUUUUCGGAACUUCUUAUCGGCCAUAUAGCUAUGUUAGCAGAUAUACUUAAAGAAUUAUUGCAACAUGAACACCAAGACGUGGUCCUACAAGCUUCUAGGACGAUAAGUAUAAUUGGUGAUGCUCUACAAAGGUUAGAGCAAACCGAGCAGCCCCCGCCGCUUACGCAGUGUGUUUAUAUGUGGGAGGAGCUUUUGUCACCUCUGUCUGCUGUUCUGCAAAGCCGAGACAAUUCCCCUGCAAAAGCGACCGCUUGUGAUUGCAUAGCCAAUAUAGGCGAGAAGUCGUUUAAAGAACUACCGAGACGGUUGCAAGUACUCUGCUGCACCUUAUUGGUGGGGUCGUGUUCAGACGAAGAGGCCAUGGUACGUGCAGCCGCUGUGCGUGCGUUAGCUAUGGCGGUUAUGUUCCGUACUUUAAGAGAGGAUAUUUAUUUUGUGAGCGAUUGUGGUGAAAAUGUUCUGAGAGCAUUGGCGGAGUCAACUUUGAUGGUGCGAACUAAAGCAGCGUGGGCUCUGGGCAACCUUAGUGACGCGCUAGUUUUAAACAUGGAAGAACCGGAGAUGGACUGUAUAGACGACGACCUAUUGCGGCGGUUGAUGGAGGUCAGCAUACAAUGUGCCGUCGACAACGAUAAGGUCAAAAUGAGCGCAACGCGAGGACUAGGUAAUUUUCUUCGUUUGAUCAAGAACGAGAAUCUCCAACGUGAUCCUCAAAUGAAGACUUUAUGCGAGACCGCUAUAGGGAAGCUUUUGGAUUGCGCGUGCAAAGUGGCCAAUAUGAAGGUGCGAUGGAACGCUUGCUACGCUAUGGGUAACGCGAUGAAGAAUGAAUAUCUGUUCACUUGCUUCAGCGGAUGGCAGGCUCAAGUCUUUCCCAGCCUUUGCAAACUAUGUCUGGAGUGUAAAAAUCUUAAAGUACGCAUAAAUGCCGCGAUGGCAUUACGAGCGCCUGUUACACGCUCGCAUUAUGGAGAACACUUCGUAGCAGUAUGGAGGGGCAUCAUGGCGGCUAUGGAGAAUGCUGCUAACGUCGACGACUUUACAGAGUACAAGCAUAAAGAUAAUCUUAUUGAACAGUUAUGCGUGACUCUUGCGCAUAUGUGUUGCAUGUUGACUGCCGCAGAUCUAACGGACAUUUUGGACCCCUUAGUCUUUCAUUACGAGUGCGCUAAAGAACUUUUCACACAGUUAUGCCACAAAUUGCCACCUGAAAACAAUUCCUGUUUCAAGAUUCUACAAGCGGCUAAACACGUCACAAUAGAUCUGAUAGCUACCAACGACACUCAGUCGCAAUCGUUGGCUAUGCUACAAAAUAUAUUCAUAUGGGACAUGUAA